AUGUGCGGCGGCCCCAGAGAAGAUCCCAAAGGUCGGGUCCUGAGCUCCCCGCGGGCGGCGGCGGGGGGCUGGCAUAACCGCUGUCCUCCGCGGCGGUUGGAAGGAUGCGGCUGGCGACUCUCGCGCCCGCCGCUGCUGUGUCCCGUGUCCCUCGCCCCCCGGGGCACUGGCCCUGCUGCCGCCUCCCUGGAGCCCUGGGUCCCUCAGUUCCCGGGGCCGGCGUCCCCGCUUCCCCCGCAUCCGGCCGUACCUGGCCCUGCCGCCGAGCCCGCUCCCCGCUCCCCGCUCCGAGGGUCGGGGCCCCGGAACUCGGGGGCGACGCGCGCUGCCCUCGGGGACCGGAGAGAGAGAGCGCGGAGGUUCCAGGGCUCCGAGGCCGCGGCGGCCGCCCGGACCCAGACGCCCAGGAGGCCGGUCCCGGUUCCGCGGAGGUCAACCCCGCCGUCCUGGACGGUCCCCACGGAGCGCGGGCGACACCCGGUGCCACCGGCUGCAGCCCCGUGCGCGCAGCCCGAGGCGACCGAGUCCCGCGGACCCGGACCGUUGCCCUCGCCCCUUGCCCUCACUGCCUUUCUCUCCAGCCUUCCGCCCUCUGCGCGCCCGUUCUCUGUCCCCGCCCGUGGCCCUCCUGAGCCGUGGGGCAGGGCGCGGGGCUCGGGUGCUAGGACACCUCGCUGA